AUGGCUUCGCCUUUGGACCAGGUGAUCAAAGGCGCCCCAACAUCGGAAGCCCGCGCGCCUUCUGUCCCUCGCUCUGAUACCGCGCGCCCCUCAACACCAGACCCGCUAGCGAACCUCCCUUCCUCCCCGCCACAGAUAUAUCUCAACCUCCUGAUCCUCGAAACCUCUCUGCGUGCUCAGUACCUUGCGCUCCGUGAACGCCGGCGCCAAAAUACCUUCUUCCUGCUCCUUCUCGCCGCUUGGCUCGCCUACUUUGUCUACGCGCUCUUCCUCCGUCCGCGCGAAGAUGGCCGGGGUGUCGGUGGUUCCGUCUACUGGGUCGUCGAGAUGGGGGAGAGAGUUGCCCUGCUUGGUGGGGUGGUGACUGCCCUCCUGGUCUGGGGAACGGGGCAAUGGGAACGGGGUAUCCGGUGGCCACGCCGCUGGCUCGCUGUCUCCAAUCGUGGCCUGCGAACGAUGAAUACAAAGAUUAUUAUCAUUCGUGGUCCCUUUUGGCAGGAACUGCUUUCCUACCUGGCCUUUUUGUUCCCUUUCUCAGUGCCAUUCUUCCCCUCCCCGAACGGCAACUAUCAGUUUGUCGAGCAAGACAAGCGCACUGGCAGUCGGCAGCACUACCACUAUUACAAUGGGGACAGCGAAUCCGGGCUUGUAGAGGAAGACCUCAGCCCAGGCGGCGACUACAUCCGUCUCCUCCUUCUACCGAAAUCCUUUUCCCCGGAGUUCCGCGAAAACUGGGACAACUACCGUACCGAUUUCUGGGAAAAAGAGAAUGAGCGCCGCUCUCAGCUCCGCAUCAAGCUUCGUGAGCGAGAGAAACAGCUAGCUCAAGCCGAUGGAUGGCUCGGGAGACUCGGACUAGGCUGGCGCGCCUCCCAACGCCGCCGCCUGGUUGCCGCGACCCUCCACCGACCCAUCGAGCCUGAGUUCAAGCAACGUCUCGCCCAUGGCCACCACACAUCUAUUUCGAAAGAACGCGCUCCAUCACGCCGCCAUACACGAUCCGAGUCCCAUUCUCGCACCUCGUCUCGCAGUACCACGCCCGUCGAUAUCGAUGACCGGCCACCUUCGCGCUCGUCAACGUCUAGCCUACCCCGGAGGGGUAGUACAGCGUCUGGGCAGGAAACACCGCAACAGCGGAAGCGCAAGGGGUCAACGCUCAGGCGGGGUCUCUCACCUCUGACGCAGGCACAGAUCCGGGAAGGAGUGCGUACACCUUCGUUCUCAUCUGAUGAUUCCAUUCUACCAAUGGGACUCAAUGAGAAGGAUAAGGAGGAGAGUAUCACCUCUGCCCCGCAAAUGUAA